AUGGCUGCAGCUUCUCUCUGCGUUCUCUUGUUCUUGCUACUGGUUUCAGCUGGCGGUUCAUUUGCCGGUCGAAUCGGGCCCGGUUCGAGGCUGCUGGCCAGCCAGGACCAAGCUUGGAUCUCUGACAAUGGCACAUUCGCAUUUGGGUUCACUGAAGUGGCAGACGACUCUCCCGACCAGUUUCAGCUGGCUAUUUGGUUCAAUGAUCUUCCUGGUGACCGUAUCACGGUUUGGUCACCUAAUAGUGUCGUUUUCCUCAUCAGGAACUCGCCGGUGACCAAGAAUGCAGUCCUGGAUUUCACCCCCGCCGGCAACCUCCUCCUCACCGACGGCCGAACUACUGUCUGGUCAUCAAACACCACCGGCGCCGGAAUCCAAUACGCCAGCAUGGACGAAUCCGGCAAUUUCAUCCUCUACGCUUCCACAAACCGCCCCCAGUGGCAGAGCUUCUCACACCCUUCCGACACUCUGCUUCCAAACCAGCCAUUAACCGUCGAACUCGAGCUAACUUCCCCGAAAUCCCCCAUCAACGGCGGCUACUACUCCCUCAAAAUGCUCCAACAACCCACAUCGUUAAGCCUCGCCCUCACCUACAACUUGCCGUCAGAAGAAUCAUCGAAUUACCAAUCCCCUGAAUCCGCCGGCGCCAAUUACUCCUACUGGAACGGCCCCGACAUCUCCAACGUCACCGGCCAGGUCCUCGCCGUCCUCGACGCCGCGGGGAGCUUCGGGAUCGUCUACGGCGAGUCCUCCGCCGGGGCGGUCUACGUCCACAAGAACGACAACGAUUACAACGGGCUCUCGUCGGCGGCGGCGGCGAAUCAAUCGACGGCCACCAGAGCGGCCGUGAUCCGGCGGCUGAUUUUGGAAACCAACGGCAAUUUGAGGCUUUACCGAUGGGAUAACGACGUCAAUGGUUCCCGACAGUGGGUCCCGGAGUGGGCCGCCGUUUCGAACCCCUGCGACAUCGCCGGGAUCUGCGGCAACGGGAUCUGCAACCUCGAUCGGAGCAAGACCAACGCCACGUGUACUUGCCUGCCGGGUGCCGGACACGGGAAGGAAACGAGCAUGCCGAUUUCGGGAUCGAAAUCCGCGGGGAAUUGCGAUCGGCGGAGCGGCGGUGGGAAUUCGAGUAGCGGAUUGAAGAUUGCGGCCGUGCAACAGACGAGCUACUACUUCUCCGAAUUCUCGGUGGUGGCGAACUACAGCGACGUGGCGGCGGUUGCCGACUGCGGCGACGCGUGCCUCUCCGACUGCGACUGCGUGGCGUCGGUGUACGGUCUCGACGACGAGAAGCCGUACUGUUGGGUCCUGCGGAGCUUGGAUUUCGGCGGGUACGAGGAUCCCGGGUCGACCCUGUUCGUCAAGGUUCGGGCGAACGGGUCGGGCGGCGACGACGGCGACGGGAUGUCGGCGAGUACCGCCGGGAAGGUGGUGGUGCUGCCGAUUCUUCUCAGCAUGACUUUCCUGAUCGCGUUGCUGUGCUUGUUGUUGUACUAUAACGUUCACCGGAAAAGGGCGUUGAAGAGGGCCGCCAUGGACAAUGCUCUGAAGAUCUCUUCCGGAGCUCCGGUGAGUUUCGGGUACCGCGAUUUGCAGAUUCGGACCUGGAAUUUCUCCCAAUUGCUCGGGACAGGGGGAUUUGGGAGUGUGUACAAGGGAAGUCUAGGAGAUGGAACUCUGGUAGCAGUGAAGAAAUUGGACAAGGUUUUGCCACAUGGUGAGAAGGAAUUCAUUACCGAAGUGAACACAAUUGGGUCGAUGCACCAUAUGAACUUGGUUCGUCUCUGUGGAUAUUGCUCCGAAGGAACUCGCCGGCUGUUGGUUUACGAGUUCAUGAAGAACGGGUCCUUAGACAAGUGGAUCUUUCAAUCCUACGAAACCCGUCCGAAGGACAGGGUUCUGGACUGGCCGACCCGAUUCAGCAUCGCCAUCGCGACGGCGCAGGGGAUUGCGUACUUUCACGAGCAGUGUCGAAAUCGGAUUAUACACUGUGACAUCAAGCCGGAGAACAUUCUGUUGGACGAGAAUUUCUGCCCCAAAGUGUCGGAUUUCGGGCUCGCCAAGCUCAUGGGGAGGGAGCAUUCUCACGUCGUCACCAUGGUUAGAGGGACCAGAGGCUACUUGGCGCCCGAAUGGGUCAGCAACCGGCCGAUCACGGUGAAGGCCGACGUCUACAGUUACGGGAUGCUUCUGCUGGAGAUCAUCGGCGGAAGGAGGAAUCUUGAUAUGUCGUUGGAUGCAGAGGACUUCUUUUACCCUAGUUGGGCAUUCAAGGAGCUAAUGAACGGGACGCCGUUGAAAGCAGCGGACAGAAGGCUGGAGGGGUCGGUGAAGGAAGACGAGCUGACGAGAGCGUUGAAGGUCGCGUUCUGGUGCAUUCAGGAUGAGGUCUUCACGCGACCUUCGAUGGGGGAAGCCGUGAAGUUGCUUGAAGGAUCGGCGGAGAUCAAGACGCCUCCAAUGCCGCAGACCGUGCUGGAACUGGUCGAGGAAGGGCUGGAACAAGUUUACAGGGCCAUGAAAAGGGAACUGGACAAUGACGAUCAUUUGUGCUCGUCUUUUACCGAUGUUACGACUCAGGUUUCUACGUCGCGUGCCACUUGCAGUUACUCGACCAUGUCUCCUAGAUGA